UUCAGUAAUCAGCAAUUUCAGAGAGAGUGAGAGAGAGAGAGAUGGGGAGAGGACGACUUGGAGAGAUAAUGGAGGAGGAGCUGGGGGUCGGGAUAAUGGAAUCCGGCGGCGCAGCGGAGCUCCCGGAGACUGCGCAGCUCGAGAUGGUUAGCGAGGAGGAAGAUGAUUUCGAGUUCGCGUUUUCAAUCGACUCGGAUCCGGGUUCUUUACCCGAUACGACAGCGGACGAGAUUUUCUACAACGGCAAGAUUCUCCCCGUCUAUCCGGUCUUCAAUCGCGACCUCGUUGGCGGAACCGGAAACCCUAAGGAGGAGGACGAUUUGGCGGAGGGGGUGGCGCGAUUGAUGAUGGAAUACGAGAAGCGUGAUAUGCGAUCGGGAUCUCAUGAGUCGUCUUCAUCGUCAGAGGCAAAGGAUCUGGAGCGGCUAUCGAGGUCCGCUCCGUCGAACUUCGUCCCGCCGUCUCCCGAUAGGUGGCGUAAAAGCGGCUCUACGGGUUCAUCGGCAUCAUCAUCGGUGUCGCGGAAGUGGAAACUCCGAGAUCUGGUUGUCGGUCGGAGUCGGAGCGAUGGGAAGGAGAGGUUUGUGGUGAUUCCUCUGCCGGAUGAGAAGGAGAAGAAAACCUUUCGGAGCUGUAACUCGUUUGCUAAAUGUUCGUCGGCAGAGGCGGAGAAGAAGGAGAAGAGCGGGAAAGGGAAGGGCGAGAGUCUCAAGGAGAUGGAUAUCGUCACCGCCCACCGAAUCUAUUACGGUAAGGUCGGCUCCGGCGGCGGGCAGCCCGCUGCUGCGGGCGGUUAUCGCCGGAGCUUUCUGCCGUACCGGCAAGAACUGCUCGGCGGGAUAUUCGGGAAUGCAAAACAUCACCCCUUUUAAAAUCGAUUUUAAUUUCAGUUUGUGAAUUCAUUUUUUUUUUAAUUAUCAUCAUCAUCUCCGGUACAUCUGCUUCUGUUCGGCAGAAGCUUGCAGUGGGCUUCCAUGUCCGUUGUAUAUAUAUACUGUUCGUGUUUAUUUAUUAAAUUAUGAGUUAUUUACUGACGAAUUGAGAUGACAAGUAU